AUGGCGGAUAUUAAUACACGCUUCCGGGGGCUGCUGCAGCGACCGUACGAACCCACGUUUGUGCCCAAAAACAAUGGGCAAUUGUACUACGAUGUGCCGGACAGCUACCUUACCGAUCACUACCGCCCGUUCGGGGCGGCAUUGCAGAACCGGUACGGCACGAAUGCCCAAACGCGCAUUCCGCUGCCGAAUAUUACGGCGCCGGAUUUAGCGUACGCGGAUACCAUUAGCCGACGGGGUGGGUUUUCCGUGUUUCAACCCGGUCACCAGCGGGUGGCCAGCCAGCUGAUCGAACUGUUCCUGAACCAAACCAAUCCGGAUGCGCUCAGUGCGAUUGCCGUGUACGCGCGCGAUCGUGUGAAUGGGCCACUGUUUCAGUACGCGCUCUCGGUAGCGCUGAUGCAUCGGACCGAUACGCGGGACGUGGAGAUACCGACGUUUCUGGAGCUGUUUCCCGACCGCUACAUCGAUCCGGCCGUUUUCCCACAGCUGCGCGAGGAGGGUACGCUGGUCGAUCAGGGCGAUCGGCGUGCGAUCGAGAUCCCGAUGAACUUUACCGCCUCGGAUCGGGUGGACGAGCAGCGGUUGGCUUACUGGCGCGAGGAUAUUGGCGUGAACUUGCACCACUGGCAUUGGCAUCUGGUGUAUCCGGCCCGCGGACCGGAUCGCAUCGUGCGCAAGGAUCGCCGCGGUGAGCUGUUCUACUACAUGCACCAGCAAACGAUGGCCCGGUACAACACUGAGCGGUACGCGAACGGUUUACCGCGUGUAGUCGCGUUUCGGAACUUGCGCGAAGCUAUCCCGGAAGGGUACUUUCCGAAAAUAACGCGCAGCUCUGAUGGGCGCUCUUACCCUGCCCGGCAUCCGAAUGAAACAUUGAGGGAUCUUAACCGGGUUGAAGACGGAGUCAUUGUAUCGAUCGCUGAUAUGGACCUGUGGACGAAAAGAAUUAUCGAAGCAAUCGAUAAUGGAUACGCGCAAUCUGCGACCGAUCAGCGUGUUCCACUGGACAACGACAGUGGCAUUGAUCUGCUGGGAAACAUGGUGGAGGCGAGCUCUUUAUCGGUGAACCUGCAGUACUACGGAGAUCUCCACAACAAUGGUCAUAACAUACUGGGCUACAUACACGAUCCGGACAACUCGUUCUUGGAAGGGUUCGGUGUCGUCGGUGACAAUACGACGGCAAUGCGCGAUCCGGUAUUCUACCGCUGGCACCAGCACAUCGACGACAUCUUCGUGCGGCACAAGCAACGGCUUCCGGCAUACACCGGGCAGGAGCUAUCCUUCAACGAUGUGGCGGUUGAUAAUUUUGAAAUUCAGCUCAACAAAGCGAACGCACCGAUGAACAUACUGCUUACCUUCUGGCAGAGAUCCCAGGUGAAUCUCGGCACCGGGCUAGACUUUGGUCCGGAGGGCAAUCUGUUCGCCACGUUCACGCACAUCCAGCACGCACCGUUCAGCUACCGGAUUCGGGUGAACAACCGUGCCGGUGGUACCAGGCGCGGCACCGUUCGUAUAUUCUACGGUCCGAAAACUAACGAGCGGAGCCAAACACUGCCGUUCCGUGACCAGCGCCGUCUGAUGGUGGAGCUGGAUAAGUUCACCGUUACUCUUAAUGCGGGCGCCAACACGAUCGUUCGCCGAUCCGAUCAAUCCAGCGUCACUAUCCCGUACGAGCGAACGUUCCGGAAUGUGGCCGCCUCGUCGUUGACACGGAACGAAGCCUUCCAGUUCUGUAACUGUGGCUGGCCGAACCAUAUGCUGCUUCCGAAAGGAUCACCCGAUGGGUUGGAGUAUGACUUUUUCGUCAUGGUGUCGGAUUACACGCAGGACCGCGUUGAGGAUUUCGAUGAGAACGUUAACUGCAACGAUGCCCACUCGUUCUGUGGGUUGCGAGAUCGACGCUACCCGGAUGCACGCAGCAUGGGCUAUCCGUUCGAUCGGUUCACGGCUGGUUCGGUUGGAAGUUUGCUGGAUUUCACCAAACCGUACGUCAACAUGUUCGUCACUCCGGUGAAGAUACGCUUCACAAAUACGCAUGAUAAUAUCAUAUUCUACUCGUUUCGUGUAAACACGAUGGCUACGAUUCGGGACAAAUUCCGCGGACUGCUGCAGCAUCCCUACGAACCGUUGUUUUUGCCCAAAAAUGAGGGCCAACUGUUCUACGAUCUGCCGGAGAAUUUCUUCACCGAUCGGUACCGACCGAUCGGGCAGAAUUUGAUCAAUAGGUUCGGUGCGCCUACCGCUGUACCGGCCACGGGUGCGAGCGCGGACACGCCUGUGAUGAAUCGCGUCUCGAUCAACAGUAUCCAGGAGCCGGAUUUAUCGUUCGCCGAGGCCAUUCCGCGGCGUGGUGCCUUUUCGCUGUUCAUUCCGGCGCACCGUCAGAUUGCGGGCCGUUUGAUCGCGCUCUUUCUGGAGCAACCGGACGCAGACACGCUGGGUGAUGUGGCGGCAUUCGCGAGGGACCGUCUGAACGGGCCACUGUUCCAGUACGCACUGUCCAGUGCGGUGUUGCAUCGUACGGACACGGAAGAUGUACCGGUGCCUUCGUUUUUGCACCUGUUUCCGGACCAGUUUGUCGAUCCGGCCGUUUUCCCCCGGAUGCUGGAGGAAGGCCGGGCUGUUUUGCAACCAAACCGGAUGUCUGUGGACAUUCCGAUGAACUAUACGGCCUCGGAACGCGUGACGGAGCAGCGGUUGGCGUACUUCCGUGAGGAUAUCGGCGUGAACCUCCAUCACUGGCACUGGCAUCUGGUGUAUCCCGGCGAUGGGCCCGAUCGAGUGGUGCGCAAGAAUCGCCGUGGUGAGCUGUUCUACUACAUGCACCAGCAGAUGGUUGCCAGGUAUCAGAUCGAGCGGUACAGUCAGGGGUUGGGCAAUGUGACACAGCUCAACAACCUUCGAGCACCCGUUCCGGAACCGUACUAUCCGAAGAUUCUGCGAAGUGCCAACAAUCGCACGUACCCGGCACGGUACAUCAACAUGACGAUGGAAGAUGUCCAGCGGGCCGAUGACCAGCUGCGGGUGGUAAUUGCGGAAGUGGAGCGUCAACUGCAGCGCAUUGUCGAAGCGAUCGAUGCGGGCGUAGUCGUACUGCCAGGUGGACAACGCACUCAGCUGGACAAUUUCCGGGGCAUUGACAUCCUCGGGGACAUUAUAGAGAGUUCCGCCCUGUCGGUGAAUCGGGAUUUUUACGGCGACACGCACAACAGUGGCCACAUCCUGCUGUCCUUCAUCCACGAUCCAAGGGGCGAAUAUCUGGAGAGCUUCGGUGUGAUGGGUGACGUGACGACGGCCAUGCGCGAUCCCAUCUUCUACCGUUGGCACACUUACGUGAACAAUCUGUUCCAGCGCCACAAGCUACGGUUUGCGCCGUACGUCUCAGCAGACCUGAGCAAUCCGGGCGUCAUCCUGAACAGCCUCGAAACGGAGCUGGAUCGGCAGGGUUCGGUGAAGAAUUUGUUGCUAACGUUCUGGCAACGUUCGCAGGUCGAUCUGGGCGCGGGGUUGGAUUUUGGGCCGGAGGGUAAUGUGUUCGUUACCUUCACCCACCUGCAGCACGCACCGUUCAACUUCCGGCUGCAGGUCGCUUACUCUGGCCAACCAAAGCCCGCCACGGUGCGGCUCUUUCUCGCACCGAAGCGUAACGAACGUGGCGUGCUGCUGUCGUUCGAGGAGCAACGACGGCUUUCGAUCGAGAUGGACACCUUCCGCGUGAACUUGCUUCCCGGCACCAACAACAUCAUUCGCCGCUCGGUAAACUCGAGCGUCACGAUCCCGUACGAACGGACCUUCCGCAACGUGGGCCAAUCGAACGCGGGUGACGAAUCGUUCCGGUUCUGCGGUUGCGGAUGGCCAUCGCAUAUGCUCGUGCCGAAGGGUGACGCGAUCGGUGUGGAGUACGAUCUUUUCGCUAUGCUGUCCAACCACGAGCGGGAUCUGGUGAAUCCCUUGUUUGACGAAAAAAUGGGAUGUAACGAUGCACAUUCGUUCUGCGGUUUGCGUGACCGUACGUACCCGGAUGCCCGCAACAUGGGCUUCCCGCUCGAUCGUCGCGUACCGAACGGGGUUAAUUCGUUCAAGGACUUCGUUGCUCCGUAUCCGAAUAUGCGUGUCGCUACGGUGACGGUGCGCUUUACCAAUACGGUUGUGGCGCGAACGAAGUGCAAUGUACUUGCCUGCGGUGUAACAACUACGAUAAGAUUCCUGUGUCUUAUGACACGUCCAACCGAGCCACUGUUUUAUCCGAAGUACAACGGCGAGGUCUAUAUGGAUCUGCCGAGCGAGUAUCUGCCGGAACGUUAUCAACACAUUGCAGACGCCAUCAAAGCCCACCACGGAUCGGUGGCGAAGCACCACAUCACGAUCAAACCGGUAGAGCUGCCGGACUUCAGCUACGCGGCCCGUGUACCGCGCGACGGUGACUUUAACCUGUUCAAUCCCGCCCAACGGCACACGGCGGGCCGGUUGAUAGCGGAUCUGAUCGGCCAACCCGACCCGGAAACGAUGCUAUCGGUGGCGGCUUAUGCGCGCGAUCGGCUUAACCCGAUCAUGUUCCAGUACGCGCUUGCGGUCGCGUUGGUGCAUCGGAAGGAUACGGGCACGGUACCGGUGCCAUCGUUUUUGGAAAUGUUUCCCACCCGGUUCGUCGACCCGGCCCUGUUUCCCAAGCUGCGCGAGGAGGGUUUCGCCGUGGAGCAGGGGCAACGGGUGGCCAUCGAGGUGCCGCACAAUGCUACUGCAUCGGAGUCCGAUCCGGAGCAGCAGUUGGCGUACUUCCGCGAGGACAUCGGUGUGAACUUGCACCACUGGCACUGGCAUCUGGUGUACCCGCAGGAGGGCCCGCUGGAGGUGGUUGGUAAGGAUCGGCGCGGUGAGCUGUUCUACUACAUGCACCGUCAGAUCACGGCGCGCUACAAUGUGGAACGGUUCUGCAAUCGAAUGCCGCUGACAAAACCGUUGAAAAAUCUGCGCGAACCCAUCCCGGAGGCGUACUUUCCGAAGCUGAUGAACAGUGCGCUGAACAGAACGUACCCCGGCCGGGCGGCCAACAUGGUGCUGAGCCAUGUCAACCGGCCGGAAGAUGACGCUGUCACGACCAUUCUGGAGCUGGAAGCAUCGUUGGGAAAGAUCAAGGAGGCAAUACAAUCAGGAUUCGCGCUUGCAGAGGACGGCACGCGGGUCCCGCUGGACGCAACGAACGGUAUCGAUGUGCUGGGAAAUCUCGUGGAAAACUCGGAACUUUCCGUCAAUGUGCCGUACUACGGUAACUACCAUUCGCUCGGCCAUGUCCUCAUCGGGUACAUCCACGAUCCGGACAACCUGUACCUCGAAGGGCACGGUGUCAUGGGUGAGUUUACGACGGCGAUGCGCGAUCCCACCUUUUACCGCUUCCAUCACCACGUGGACGAUGUGUUCGAUAUGCACAAACGGAAGCUUCCGUCGUACAACGAGCAGGAGCUUUCGUUCCCCGGCGUAUCGAUCGUGGACGCUACGGUACAGAUCACGAGCGGCAAGGCGGCCAGAAACCGGUUGCUUACCUACUGGCAACGGACGCAGGUGGAUCUGGGGACGGGGUUAGACUUUGGCCCGCAUGGUAACGUGGUGGCAACGUUUACCCACAUCCAGCAUGCGCCCUUCGCGUACCAAAUCAUGGUGCACAAUGAAACGGCCGAGCAGAAGAAGGGCACGGUGCGGAUCUUUCUGGCCCCCAUUUACGAUGCCCAGGGCGAACAGUUGCUGUUGAGUGAGCAGCGUCGUUACGUGGUGGAGUUGGACAAGUUUGUAGUGAGCUUGCAUCCGGGUGAGAAUAGGAUCAUCCAACAGUCGGAUCAAUCGAGCGUGACCAUACCGUACGAAAGGACUUUCCGGCGAAUCGAUGCAUCCAACAUGGCCGGCUCGGAAAACUUUCGGUUCUGCAACUGUGGCUGGCCUGAUCAUAUGCUGCUGCCCAAGGGCCAUCCCGAUGGGCAACCGUUCGAUCUGUUUAUUAUGGUGUCUGACUACAAGGAUGAUGCAGUUGGUCCGGGUUUUAAUCCGAACGAGAACUGCAACGACUCACACUCGUACUGUGGCUUGCGGGAUCAGCUGUUUCCCGACCGUCGCGCCAUGGGCUUUCCCUUCGAUCGUUUGCCGUCUGCCCAGGAUCACUUGAUGAACGAUUUUGUUGGCCGAUUUUCCAACAUGAGUCGCACCGUUGCGGAGGUGCUGUUUACCAACACGGUCAUUUCGCGCCUGUUUGUACUGCCAGCAUCACAAACGGUGUUGUGCCACAGUCACCGAGUUUACAAGCUUCAAAUAGCGAGCGAUCUCUUGGGAAGCGAUCUUCGUGCGCAAGUGAAAAUGGCGGACAACAGGAAACUUUUGGCUUUGCUGCAGCGCCCUCUAGAACCGACGUUCUACCCGAAGGACAACGGUAAAACGGUCGUGGAUCUGCCGGAUAGCUACCUUACCGAACGGUACAAACCGAUUGGAGAAUCGCUCCAAACCCGGUUUUCAAUGGACGCGGACACGCGCAUUGCGGUACGGGCAUCGAACCUGCCGGACUUUUCCUUUGCCGAGGCGAUCCCGCGGCGGGGCGAUUUUUCGCUCUUCAUUCCGAAACAUCGCCAAAUUGCGGGCGAUCUGAUCAAUCUGUUCAUCAGCCAGCCGGAUGUGGAUGCGCUGAUGAGUGCCGGUUCGUUCGCUAGGGAUCGCCUGAACCCGAUACUGUUCCAGUACGCGAUGGCGGUAGCGAUCCAGCAUCGGCCGGAUACGAAGAACCUUCCCAUUCCCAGCUUCCUUGAGCUGUUCCCGGACUCGUUCAUUGAUCCGACCACUUUCCCGAAGCUCCGAGAGGAAGGUGCGGUCGUUGCACAAAAAGAUCGGAUAACCAUAGACAUUAAAAUGAACUACACUGCCUCGGAUCGGGAGGAAGAACAGCGCUUGGCGUACUUCCGUGAGGAUAUCGGCGUGAACCUUCACCACUGGCACUGGCAUCUGGUGUACCCGGGCGAAGGACCCAACAAUGUGGUGAACAAAGAUCGUCGCGGAGAGCUGUUCUUUUACAUGCAUCAGCAGCUGAUCGCUCGCUACAAUGUCGACCGGUUCUGCAACCGAUUGGCUCGUGUACGUCCACUGACCAGCUUACGGGAGGCACUGCCCGAAGGAUACUUCCCGAAGAUUGUUCGAAGUUUGACGAAUCGUGCGUUUCCCGCUCGUCCGCAGAACACGAUCCUGAGGGAUUUGAAUCGGAUCGAAGACGAUGUGGUUCUUUCGAUAAACGACAUUGAGCGUUGGGGAAGUCGCAUUGCGGAAAGCAUCGAUGGUGGUUACGUUGUUGCACCUGGAGGAAACAGAGUUCCUUUGGACGAACAGACGGGUAUCGAUGUGCUGGGCAACAUCAUGGAACCGUCGGCCCUUUCCGUCAACAGCCAGUUCUACGGAAACUACCACGGACAUAUGCACAAUCUGAUCGCAUUCAGUCAUGAUCCGGAGAACCGGUUCCUGGAGGGAUAUGGUGUAGUGGGCGAGUUCCAGACGGCUAUGCGCGAUCCAGCAUUCUACCGUCUGCACGCCCAGGUGGACAACAUGUUCCAUCGUUACAAGCGCACCCUUCAACCGUACACCACCAACCAGCUGGGAUAUGCCGGGGUGCAGAUACAAUCGUUUGGUGUACAGCUGAACCGAGCCAACGCGCCGGCCAACGUGUUGUUGACGUACUGGCAGCGGUCGCAAAUCGAUCUGGCAACCGGGCUUGACUUCGGACCGGAAGGCAAUGUUUUUGCGUCCUUCACGCAUCUGCAGCACGCACCGUUCACAUAUCGGAUCACGGUAAACAACACUAGCGGGGCGGCACGCCGUGGUACAUGCCGCAUUUUCAUUGCACCCAAGGUGGACGAACGGAACACUCCGCUGACCAUGGAUGAGCAGCGUCUGCUGAUGGUGGAGUUGGAUAAAUUCCGCGUCAAUCUGACUCCUGGAACGAACAAUCUGGUGCGCCGGUCGGAGCAGUCCAGUGUAACCAUCCCGUACGAGAGAACCUUCCGCCCGAUGGCAUUGUCCAACAUUAAUCUGCCAGAAACGGAGCAGUUCCGGUUCUGCAACUGUGGCUGGCCGCAUCAUCUGCUGAUCCCCAAGGGUUCGGCCGAGGGUAUGAAGUUCGAUCUGUUUGUAAUGAUCUCGAACUUUGCAGAUGACACCGUUAACCAGGAGUUUGAUGAGAACAUCAACUGCAACGAUUCACACUCGUUCUGUGGCUUGCGUGAUCAGCUGUAUCCGGAUAAGCGACACAUGGGCUUCCCGUUCGAUCGCCGGAUUCCUGUUGCGAUGCGUGCACUGUCCGAUUUUACGCGCCCGAACACGAACAUGGCCAAUAUUGAGGUGAACAUUCGCUUCACCAAUACCGUGAUCGCCAGAACCUGA